AUGGCAGUAGUUGAUGCCAAUUUGAGUUUUAUUUACAUUGAUGUAGGAUCUUACGGUAAAGAAUCAGAUUCUAAUAUUUUUAAGGAAAUUUCUUUUGGAAAAAAGUUGUAUUCAAAUGCCCUUAAUAUUCCUAGUCCUAUACGUUUACCUAGUUCGCAAGGUUCACCACAGCCUUAUGUUUUUGUUGGUGAUGAGGCAUUUGCCCUUCACAGUUCACACAAAUCUAUUAAGGCCGUAUCCACAACGAGGACUCAACGACGAACGUAG